AUGGAGUCUGAGCUUUGGAAUUUAUUAUCUGAAUUGGUAACACGCACUUUGGGCCAUUCUAUGAACUCCCAACUCGAGAGAGUUCGUUCCCAAAUCCCCGAAAGUUGUUUACAACUCCAGGCCAUUGUUGGCCAAAUUGACUCCCUAUUACAUCACCUUGAAGGUAGACAUCGUCAACGAAUUCUUACUCGAAUUCUUAGUAGCAUCUCUGUCGGAAUUGAACAUAUUUGGCACUUUUCUGCUUCCUGUUUGAGAGUUUGUUACGACGCGGAGGAUUCCAGUGAAUGUAUUGCUACGGCUUGUCGUGUUGCUUUGCAACAAUCCUGGUACACUGAUACUGGUUCCCCAGGUUUUAACCAUGGACCGGAUUUAUUAACGGGCAGUUCUUCUAUUCGACCGGUAAUUUAUCUCAGUCCUGCGGCCCCAACACAUCUGCGGCGUUGGCUUUCGCUAAAUUUGUGUUGUUCCGGUCUCCUCAUCACCGUUUUACCGCCGGAUGAAAGCUCUCUUCUGCCUGUAAUUAGUCUCACGCACUUCGAAAAGGCCAUCCAGAAUGAUCUACGGCAGGGACGUCGGCCUUUGCUCUUAGUGGCAUAUGCGGACACGAUUUCUGAGAUGUGGCUUAAAAUGUUCGCUUCUCAUGGAACAUUGGCGAGUGUUAUUGCCUCGAAUGUAUACCAACCUGACUACCUCGGUCUGUGCUUGCCAAUCUCUAGACCGAAAACUUAUGCAUACAAUUGUAAAAGUGGGGAAUCUUCUUAA